CUGAAAUUUGUAUAACCUCGAAUGACACAUGACAUAUUCGGGAGAGGAAGAUCUCAGAUGUAAACAAUCUGAUUUUUGAGAUUUUUGCCAUAAAGUUGGAGUUUUGAAAUCUAAGAAGAUGUCAGAUGAAGUACACACGGAUCAUAAUUACAGAUCAGAACACAGAAGUUUGCUGUUUGGAUUAAAGUCGGUAACGGAGGGCUUGCUGUCCGGGCAGACCAGCAAUGUGUGGAACAUUCACGGAGGUCUUAAAAGAAUGUGUGCUCAACUGGAGCACAUCAUGUUCCAUGGUCUAAAAAAUAUCAAGGGGGACCUGGGAAUUCAGUUGGAUUUCUGGCCGUUUGUCUACAGCCUGAAGACUUUAGAUCCUGUACUGGCCCCUACACUGGACAAGGUCAAUAAGUCGGGAGGAAAUAAGGGAUCCACAUGGCUGAGAGAGAGCUUAAGGGACCACACCUUGUCUGCGCAGUUAUCUACCCUUGUAUCAAAUAAGUCCCAGAUGAACAAGUUUUACUUCGAUUCCGCUUUCCUGAAUAACGAGUCAUACUUCAAGGCAUUAUGUGUUUGUUUGAAAGCGAUAGAGCUGAACCAGAUUUCUAUGUUAGCGGAGCUGGAUCUCACACUGCUCAGUAACAGUCAUGAAGCAGAUACCAGGGAACUCCGAAGCAGAUCAUGGGCUGUACCAGAGCGACAACAUCGCAAAUCUACCAGUGAGAGGAGUUCUAGGUCCCACAAUGCUUUGUCUCUGGCACCACCUUUUUCAUCUCCCAGACAGGAGAGCAUCUUCUGCCUGUCUGAUGAGCAUGCAGUGCCUUCAUUAGAGGGAAGCCCAAGUCCAGAAGAAAUCAGAAAUAUGGCACGAGAGUCUCUGAGAAGCGUGCUACGUAAAUCUGGUUACGAGUCACCAACAGGGGACGCCCCAGACUUCAGUUUCUAUGAUGACCCCAACAGUGAUCCUCUUUUGAAUAUAGAUUUCAAUGUUGACUUGAACCCUGGGAUGUCCAACUUGGCAGAAGUAGCAUCCAGUCCACAAAUUUUUAAUCAAAAUCCUAAAAAGGUCAUCGUCAGGAGUCAGUCGGAUAUGGGAACGUCGAAAACCUCAGCUGUGAUCAAUAAAAUUUACAAAGACAGGGAGGAUUUCGAACAUGGAGCUUCAGGGGGCGUGAAUCGAUUAGAAGACAUUUUCUCUGAUUCAGAAUGUCCACACGAAGGAGGGGAAAAUGUAAAGGCAAAAGUGAAGUCCAAGGGUCAUAAAAGGUCUAGGUCAGAUUUAGGAGGAGUCAAGGUGGAGAACAUGACACAAAAUGAAAAUAAAAGAGAACUAAAGGAGGCAAAAGAGGAAACUAUAUCUGAAAAUAGAGAUAUCCCAGGGGAAGGAAAGUUCAGACAGCCCUCGCAGGGGCAGUCUCUCAUUAACUAUCUAUCAUCUCAGGAUUUCCAUAGUUGUGCCAAUUUAGAUAAAGAGAAUGCUCAUUUUAGCAUUUCUGAAGCACUGAUUGCAGCUAUUGAACAAAUGAAGUGGAACCAUGUUAUUAGUCCCAAAGUCCAAGAGGAUGUAGACGACGAAGAUUCAGACGAGGAAAUCAAUAAGCUGAAGCAGCGCAUCCGGAUAAGAAAGCAACAGAAACUUAGAGAGAACGCCAAAAUAUUUCCUUCCUCCAGUGAUGGACUGACUGAAACAGCUACAACUAGCAAGAGUCCAUCUUCAGGUUUAAGUUCUUCUUUCCAACAUAAUACAGAUAGCAGUGGUUCUUCUGUGGAAGUGGAUGAAAUUGAACUCACAAUUUCAGACAGUGAGCAGGAAAACAAGAGUAAUUUAAGUUUCAUCAAAUCCGAGGGGCUUUCCCUGUCACUGGCUUCUCUCUAUUCAGAUGCUGAUUUACAAAAAGUGAAACCUGAACGUCAAAGUUCUGUGGAGAUUGCAGAUCAAUCUGGUCUGUCAGCAGAGUCUGUGGCUAUUCUUCUCUUAAAGAAAUUCUCAGAGAAACAGCUUCCUAAGGCCUCAGAUUUAGAAUGGCUUGUCCCAAUCUCAGAGGCACCACAGGAGUUACUUCCCUUGCCGAAGUCUUACCCAAUAUCUCCUGAUGAUGGUGAAAGGGAAAUUGAAGGCUUUACAAACUCGGUGCUAGGGGCUCUCAGAUUACGAGGGAAUAAUGAGUGGGCUCCUCCCAGGUCUCAGAUCAUUUUUGACAUUCAUCCAUAUCAAAAGAGAAGUGUUGUGAUGGCGAAACAGAAUUUCCGGUGCGCGGGGUGUGGAACUCGAGUAGAACCAGCUUACAUGAAGCGGUUCAGAUACUGUCAAUAUCUGGGCAAAUAUUUUUGUCAGUGUUGUCAUAGAAAUGAAAUCAACUACAUUCCCGGACAUAUCAUUAGGAAAUGGGAUUUUAAGCAGUAUCCAGUCUCUGAUUUUUCAUGGCGUUUACUCUCGAGGAUUUUUAACGAACCUUAUUUUAACGUAUCCACAAUUAAUCCAUUGUUGUUCAAAAAAGUGCGAGAGUUGGACACUAUUCAUGAUCUACGACUUCAGCUGGUUUAUCUGUGUAAAUUCCUCUCCAUUUGUAAAUAUUCAGAAAGUGUUAAGAACGAGGUGAAGGCAACACCCUCCCACUGGCAGGGCGAUGUUGAUAUGUAUUCCCUGGGGGAUCUGAUCAGUAUAAAAAAUAAAUCCAUGUUGAUCAAGCUCAGGGACUUGGUUAGAGGUGCUAAAGAUCAUGUAGACCAAUGUUCGUUCUGUCAGGGAUUUGGCUACAUCUGCGAGUUCUGUGGAGAUCAGAAGGAUAUUAUAUUCCCAUUCCAGCUACAAACUGUCACUAUUUGCAAAGAUUGUUCCUCGUGUUUUCACACAACAUGCUUUAUGGAGGGAAAGUGUCCAAAGUGUGCAAGGAUUGAAGCAAGAAGGAGACAAUUACAAGAGACUAAUAUUUUGGAUUCUUCGGAGGAAAGCGAUACAUGAAACCAGGGAAUCAUGUCUGGAGUUGUGCAAUUAUUGUGAUAUUCAUAUUAAAACGAAGUUAAAAGUCAUACUCUGUUAUGCUUGAAACAAAACUCCUUGCAGUAUGUAACUUCUACAGACAGCAGUAUGCGUUAUUUAUCUGUACAAUUAUUUUACAAAUUUUUUUUAUACUGAAAUAAAUUCAUUAAACCUG